AAAAUGUAUAAACUUAAUCUCCAUGACAACUGUAUCUAUUUAUUAUUAUAUAAAAUAAAAUAUAAAUUUCAAUUAAUUCAUAAUAAACAUUUAUUUAAUGCUUGUUUUAGUGAAUUUAUUGGUACAUUUAUAUUAAUUACAAUUGGAUUAAGUAGUAUGUUACAUAAUACAUUAAAACAUAAUUUAUAUUAUAUAAAUUUAUCAAUUGGAUGGUCAAUUGCAUAUUUAUUAUCACAAAUAAUUACUCAACCAUUAGGUUAUAAUAGUUUAAUGAAUCCAUCUAUAACAUUAUCAUUAGCAUUUAUUAAUAAACUAUCAUUUUAUUAUGUAAUACCAUUAACAAUAAUACAAUUUAUUAGUUCAUUAUUAUCAAGUUUAAUGUUAUAUUAUAUAUAUUAUUAUAAUUAUAUUAGUAUCUAUGACAAUAUAAAAUUGAUUAUUUUAAAUCAAUUUAUAACAACACCUAAUGUAUCACAUUUAAUAUGUUUUAUUGAUCGUUUAUUAUUAACUAUUAUUACAACAAUAUUUAUAUUAAUAAUACGUGAUGAUAGAAAUGAUAAAAUACAAAAAAAUUAUCGAUUAAUUUAUAUAAUCAUUUUUACAUCUGGACGAAUUACAUCAUUAUCAAUGAAUGCUGGUACAUCAAUUAAUCCAAUACGUGAUUUAGGUCCAAGAAUAACAAUUGCAUUAUGUGAAUUAGGUUUGGAUGCAUUCAAAAAAGAUCAUUAUUAUUUUUGGAUUCCAAUUGUAGCACCAUACAUUGGUUCUAUUAUUGGUGCAAUAUUUUACGAAUUAUUAAUUGGUGCUUAUUUAAAUAAAAACAUCGUUGAUAAAUUACAAAAUACUAUUGAAAUAUCACAAUCGCAAAUCUUCUCAUCGUCAUCAUCAUCAUCAUCGUCACCAUCAUCACCUUCAUCAUCAUCACCGUCACCAUCAUCAUCAUUAUCAUUAUCAUCAAGUAUGAAUUCAAAUGAUUCAACACUUACCUCAUCAAAUGAUACCAAGAAACGUUUUUAUAAUUAAUGAUUUAUCAAUAAAUAAUUUUUAAAAUA